AUGGCAUGGAGCCCAACUGGCAAAUACCUCAUGACGAGGAAUGACAACAUGCCCACCACAGCCUGGGUGUGGAACGUUGAGACCAUGGAUCUGAUGGCGGUCCUGGUUCACAAGAAUCCUGUUCAGGGCGCAGACUGGGACCUGCGGUCAGAGACCCUGGCAAUCUGCUGUGGAUCCACCCGCCUGUACUUGUGGUCCCCAUCUGGUGCUUCUGUCGUGCACAUACCCCUGCCCGCCUUGCAAGCCUCUGGAAUACGGUGGCAGAAGUCUGGUGAGGGGUUCAUUCUCACUGAUGUGGAUGCGUUUUGCAUUGGGUACCUAACGAAUUAG